AACGCGAGCUGGCUGACGCUGAGCCCCACCACGCUCGAUCUCUCCGUCGUCGAAUCAGGAAGUGCGGGUGUUUGCGCGUGUCGAUUGGACGAAGCUGGACGAGGGUCUGAGCACGGCGGCUCUCAACUUCACCGCGUUUGGGGCAGACAAAAAGGUGCUGACCGUGAAUGCGUUUGGCUCGCCGCGGGAUCUGGUGCAGACGUUCAUCGUCGCGAACAAGACGACGCCGAGCGCCGGUUUCAAAGGGUUCGUCGAAGCAGCGGCGCCGUGUCGUUCGAGGCGCAGCAUGCGACGCGGAACAACUCCGUCGGCGGCAUGGUCUGGCGCACGCUGCCCGGGCUCGGCAAGACGCUCUCGGGCGUGACGCCCUUCCCGCGACUCGGCAACAACGAGAACAACUUCACCGCCGGCGCAGGGCCGUCGCUGGAGUACGACUUUUACACGUUCAGCGGCGGCGCGAACGUGACUGUCGUCACCUACCUGUCGCCGUCGGGCAACGCACUGGGAGCGGACCGCCCGCUGGGCUUCGCGGUGCAGCUCGACGACGCGCCGGCGCAGAGCAACUACUUCUUCCCGUCGGCGGCCCCCGGGUUGGAGCCUGCGCAGUGGAACGGAUUCGUCGCUGCGGAGAUCAUCCAGACGAGAACGUGUUUGCUGCGCAGCCUGUUGUUCAUGAUCGAGCCGGCGUGGUGGUCCAGAAGAUCGUAG